AUGGCCCCUUCAGUUACUGAGACAGUCGGACUUCGCUCCGCGACGUUUACCGUGCCUCUCAAGACCGACACAGGCCAUAACAAAGAGAACCUUAUUGGAUACAAGUAUGAGAAAGACGCCGAGCUCAAUGGGACAGACAAGAUUGCUCCAGCCUCAUACCCCAACUACCUACCCGUGUGGGACAACGAAACACAGAGAUACCCACCCCUAACUAUUUUCGAGCACUACGAUCACGGCAAAGAUGCAGACCCCAGCUUCCCCGAUCUCCUACCCAAGGGCCAAGCCGAAGUCGACGAAAUCACACCCUUCAUUGGCACAGAAGUCAAAGGCGUGCAACUGAGCAAGCUAUCCAAAGCAGGCAAAGACCAGCUUGCGCUAUUCGUCGCUCAGCGCCGCGUCGUCGCCUUCCGUGAUCAAGACUUCGCUUCCCUCCCAAUCCAAGAAGCAGUCGAUUACGUCGGGUACUUUGGCCGCCACCACAUCCACCAAACAUCCGGCGCUCCCAAAGGCUUCCCAGAAGUCCAUCUUGUCUUCCGUGGUGCUGACGACCGCACUGGUAGCAAGUUCCUUGAGCAGCGCACGAAUACUAUCACUUGGCACAGCGAUGUGACCUUUGAGAAGCAGCCGCCUGGCACUACCUUCCUGUAUGUACUGGACGGGCCAUCGACGGGUGGAGAUACGCUCUUCGGAGAUAUGGUACAGGCGUAUAAGCGACUUUCGCCGGAAUUCCGGAAGCGACUGCAUGGGUUGAGGGCUGUGCAUUCGGGGGCUGAACAGGUGAAUGCUAGCUUGAAUGGGGGUGGGAUUGCGAGACGGGAUCCUGUUACUUCGGAGCAUCCUAUUGUGAGGACACACCCUGUCACUGGAGAGAAGGCUCUUUAUGUGAACCCGCAGUUCACUCGGUAUAUUGUCGGCUACAAAAAGGAAGAGUCGGAUUACUUGCUUAAGUUCUUAUUUGAUCAUGUGGCGCUUUCGCAAGAUCUGCAGACCCGGAUUCGUUGGAAAGCCGGCACUGUUGUGGUUUGGGAUAAUCGGUUGGCUUGUCACUCUGCUGUUUUCGAUUGGGAGGAUGGCCAGAGAAGACACAUUGCUCGUCUGACCCCACAGGCUGAGCAGCCCUACGAGACACCGUUUGAGGAAUGA